AAGUAACCUCGUGCAAAGACAUCGAAUGUUUAGUUUGUCCGAAAAGCCUUUUACGGCCCAAUCUGAGACCCAUCGACCAUCUGCAUUUUUUUAACAGCCUUAUAGCAAACUCUCUGCUUCGCUUAGAGGCUUUCGAGUUACGAGCGGAUGCCUAAAACGACGCUAGAAAAAGCAGAUAACCAAAUCGGAAAAUUUAAAAAUCCGACGACGAUGCUCUCCAUAUCUCCGGUGGUGCCGAGUUUCUCAUUAACCUCCGCGAAAUACCUCCGCUCUCCUUCCUCUUCCUCCUCCUUCUUCCCUAAACUUUCCAGACUCUUCUUCACAUCAAGCUCCGCAACCCCCUCCAAUUCAACCGAGACCCUCCCGAGAGUCAACAACGCCGGCCUCAAACUCAACGAGACAGUCGACGAAGUCUCCAAAGGCAAGAUUCGCCUCGACUCAUGGAUCUCCUCUCGCGUCCACGGCGUCAGCCGAGCUCGCGUCCAGUCCAGCAUCCGCCAAGGCCUCGUCUCCGUCAAUGGCCAAGUCAUCGAUAAGGUUUCGCACAAUGUAAAACCUGGCGACGAGGUCAACUGCACGAUAUCAAAGCUUCAGCCAUUGAAAGCUGAAGCUGAAGACAUACCGUUGGAUAUAGUUUACGAAGAUCAUCACCUUCUCGUCGUUAACAAACCUCCUCACAUGGUUGUUCAUCCUGCGCCUGGGAAUCCUAACGGGACGCUUGUUAAUGGCAUACUCCACCAUUGUAGUCUCCCCUCUGUUGCUGCUUAUUCCAACCAAGAAGAUGAUGAUGAAGAAGAAGUGUUUUCAGAUGACGAAGAGAUGAGUAGUAGUUCUGUUCGUCCAGGGAUUGUUCAUAGGUUGGAUAAAGGGACUAGUGGGUUGCUCGUUGUAGCUAAGGAUGAGCAUUCUCAUGCCCAUUUGGCGGAACAGUUCAAGCUUCAUACGAUUGAGAGAGUUUAUAUAAGUCUUACCUGUGGAGUUCCUUCUCCGUCUCUGGGGAGGAUUGAUGUACCGAUUGGUCGUGAUUCGAAUAAUCGGAUCCGUAUGGCUGCUAUACCGGGAUCGUUAAGCCGUGGUAGGGCUCGUCAUGCUGCUAGUAGGUAUAAGGUAAUUGAAACACUAGCUGGAGGCGGCUCUGCAUUGGUAGAGUGGAGACUAGAAACUGGCCGUACCCAUCAGAUACGGGCUCACGCCAAGUACAUGGGAGUACCUCUACUGGGUGACGAAGUGUAUGGAGGAACGAAAAACAUGGCGCUUUCUCUUUUGCAGAAAAGAGUCUCCCGCAGUGAUCAAGAAGAGAUACUAGAGCUGGUUUCCAGAAUGGAUAGGCCUUGCCUUCAUGCUAUAGUUAUCGGCUUUGAACAUCCGUGCACCGGGGAAAUCAUGAAGUUUUCAUGUCCACCGCCUCCGGAUCUUGCAGAGAUAGUAGGCCUUCUUCGUAGAAGCGGUAGAGAAUGAUAAGCAACAAGCAAUCAAACAUCUCUGAUGAUUUUUGACGUAAAACAAAUGAGAAUUUGCAGUUUCAGUAUCAUAUGAUCAAAGCCUUGUUUAUAGUAAUAAAUUUAUACUCAUCAAAGACCAA